ACAGGUCGUCUAGACAGAGGAGAGCCAAGGCCCAGCCACAGCUGCCUCCGGGGAAGUUUACCAAGGUCACAGCCAAUGUCAGUUCACUCCCUGGCUCCUACGCUGAUCUCUCAAAAUGCUUCCCAGGUUCAUGGGGACCAAGUGAAGAUAACCUGGAAUGAUGAGUUCUGGGAGAACCCCUGGGAGAAGGGGGGCCUUGCAGUGAUCGGCGUAUUCAUCACUACAGUACUGCUCCUCAUGCUAUUUGCUGUUUUGUUUGGUUUAUUCCACCCAACAGAAAACAACCCAUGAAUGUAUCUACUGAAAUACUGGAUCUGACUAGCAAGAUGGGGAGGCUGAUCUGAGACGAAGUCUGGCUACCCCUCCCCUGCCAACAUCAGGACUCUAACAGCACAAGCACAGAGUCUCCACUGCCUCAGAUGAGAGGACCAACGGUCCUCCAAUGGGCUCUCAGGCUCAGUCAGCAACUUCACAAUUCCUUGGCAGAAAAAGACACAAAACAACCAAAUGAAGUAAAAAUUC